ACGAACAACACUAUUAUUGUUUUUUUCUAAUGGUCGUUUAAUUUACACUGAUGACGCUACAUGUACCUUCUUACAAUAGCAUACACCAACACCCUCCACUAUCUCUAAUAUAUUUGGAAUGUGGAUUAUAGAGUCUGUGUAAAAUAAUAGUAAUUAAACAAUCAAAACAUAAAAACAGACUAAAAAAAAACAAUCUGUCACUCUCUAGCACUUGCACGUCGAUGAGUGAUGUGAUGUCACUGAAAAUAAUGUUUCAGCUGUAUUGAAUUUUCAGAAUAAAUAGUACUGAAUGUGAUGAUAAACAAGUUUAUCAGCAAACCCACGCAAAGACUGCAUAUCUAAACCGUCGUUACUGUUCUGAUUCAGAUAAUUAUUCACUAUAUUUUGUGCCAUCUGCGAAAUACUUCGCAACAAUAUUAUUUUGCACAUUUUAAAGAAUGAAUUUUACCUAUUCAGUAAUGAAUUUAUUUAUUUUAGUAUUUUUAAUCAAUAUUAAAAUAACAUUGUCGCAGUUCAAUAAAGCUUGGAGUGACAAAUAUGAGAAUAAUAAGUGUCCUAAGUUGUAUCCAAAAAAUUUUGUUAAUUAUGCGCCAGUUGGUAACUUAACAGCAGGCAACUAUUCAGAGAAGAGUAAUUUGAAAGGUUUACGACAUUGUGUGAUGGGAUGUUGCCUUGAGGAGGUGUGCAAUGUGGCAUUUAUAGUGGAAGAUAGAUGUUACCAUGUGGAGUGUGUCAGUGAUGAAUUGUGCCUGCCUCUCCCGAGGACCAACAGCCAGAAGUGGGACUCCCAUGUUUCUAUGAUCCUUGUGAAACCUGUGCUUCCAAAUGAAAACUGGUCAGACAUACUGGACCAAUCUAACUACAGAGAAGUAAACAACAACUUCUCCCCAGAAGAAGACUCACUCUACUCCCCAUAUGCGAACCAUCGCAAUGACAUAGUAGCUGAUGAUGAGGACUCCAAGUUUCUCUCACAUUUCAUCAACAACUUGCCUAAUAUUGAAGUUGAUGAAACUAGAAACUUUGACAGAGACAGUGCCGACAACGAUCUGAUCAUGGAUGCGUCAAGUUUCCUUGAGAAGGUGCCUUGUGAAGUUGGUGCAGCUGAUGACUGCCCGUUCAAUUCGGAGUGUGUGCCUCUAGGGUUGAAGCUACGUAACGGCAUAUGCAAGUGUUUGCCAGGCACUGAGGAAAAUGCCCAAGGAGCUUGUAUACAAACCAUGAGACCGUUUUCCAAAGGGCCCACUAUACCCAUGGAUGCCAUGAAGAAGGAUGACUUAAUGGACGCCAAAGCUGAUGAUAUUAAACCUGAAAUAGCAUCACCUAAGAGUGUUCAAAAUUUAACAGUUUCCAUUAUAUCCAAGCAGGUCCAAUUACCAGAUAAUGAGGUAACCUUGGCUGCUUAUACCAUUCCUGAUGAAAAGGCCACCAACAGUCAUUACAAUUAUAUUUGGACACUUGUUGAUCAACCCAAGGGUGGUUUUACAGGUAAUAUGAACCAAAACGGAGCAACGGUAUCACUCACAGAUCUUACAGAAGGGCAAUACAGAUUCAAGGUGACGGUCAAUAGCACCAACUAUUAUGGAGUGGGGUAUGCCAAUGUGACCGUGUUGCCACGGCAACGCAUCAACACGCCACCACAGGUUGUAAUCACACCACAGAGCCAAACCGUUAAGCUGCCUAACUCCGGAGCUGUGCUCGAUGGGAGCGCUAGCAAGGAUGAUGAUGCAAUAAUCUCCUGGCACUGGGAGCUCACGUCCGGGCCUAUAGGUUACCAGCCACCCCUACUAGACGGGCCGACACUAGUCCUAAACGACCUCAAACAACCCGGAAACUAUACAUUCAAACUGACUGUGGAAGACUCUGAUCACGUGAAGAAUUCAACUACUGCUAACAUUACUGUGUUGAACCAUACAGACUAUCCGCCUGAAGCUAACGCUGGCCAAGAUGUAAUAAUAUACCUGCCGGACAAUACCCUCACUUUGAAUGGAAGUCUGUCCACCGACGACCACGAGAUCACCUCCUGGGAGUGGACGAAGUCCGCGGAGGAUGAGAACAAGGCUGUCGAUAUGCAGAACACACACUCACCUUUCCUGCAACUGUCGAACCUGUCGGAAGGUGUGUACACGUUCGUGCUAAAAGUCACAGACUCGUCGGGGCAGUCGUCGACGGCUGACGUCCACGUCUUCGUCAAGCCACCGACGAACACGCCACCGAUCGCUGACGCCGGACAGGACGUAUUCAUAUCUCUGCCUCAAACUUGGAUGAGUCUAAACGGAUCUGCGUCUCACGACGACCACCGCAUCGUGGCUUACACCUGGCGCUGUGUCGAGGGCCCCACCAAUGCCACCAUCCUCGGGUACAACGAAUCAGUCGCCAAUGCUACCAACCUCACCAAAGGACAGUACAUAUUCUCGUUAACUGUGCUGGAUGAUAACGGGAAUUCUGCUUCUGAUAACGUUACCGUCACUGUCACUCAAAAUAAGAACAGCCCGCCGAAAGCAGACGCUGGUGGCGACCAAGUGUUAACGCUGCCCAUAUCAGUGCUCGUACUGAACGGAUCCAAGUCCUCUGACGACUUCCGCAUCGUGUCGUGGAAGUGGACUCGCGCCGGGUCGGGGCUCGCCGCCGGUACUGUUAUACUGCAUUCUGACACGCAACCCGUGUUGAUGCUAACAAACAUAGAACAAGGGCGCUACGUCUUCGAGUUAACAGUGACAGACGACCAAGGCGAGUCAGACCGCGACACUGUCAGCGUCCAAGUAAAGCCAGACCCACUAGAGAUGAACCUGCUAGAGUUGACCCUCAACAUCCCCAUAUGGACGUUCACGCAGAGCCAGCUCGACUCACUAGUGCAGAAAAUGACCUUGUUGUUGAAGGAGAAUGUUAAGGUCAACGUGACCGAGGUUAGAGGAGAAAUCGACAGUGGCAACACUCAGAUUAUAUUCUUCUUGUCUGAAGAGGGUAAACCGAUGGAAGGUACCCGCGGGCUGGCGCUGGGCCGCGCGGCGGGCACGGCGGCGGGCGCGGUGCGCGUGCGCUCGGUGCGCUGCCUGAGCACGUGCUCGGGCCGCGGCGUGUGCGACCGCGCCACGCGCGCCUGCCGCUGCGACGCCUUCUGGAUGCAGAGCCUCACCUCGCAGCUCGACCCUGAAGCUAUGCCCGACUGUGACUGGUCGGUGGUGUACGCGUCCCUGGGCGGCGUGGCGGCGCUGUGCUCGCUGGUGGCGCUGUGCUGCGCCGCGCUGCGGGCCAUGCGCCGGGCCGCCGGCGGCUGCGGCCCGCGCCCGCCGCGCCCGCGGACCAAGUACCGCCUGCUGCCCGCCGCCGACCACGAGGACCGGCCCUUCGCAACCAAGGAGAUAUCAGAGACGGAAACCGACUCGGACGUGUUAUUCGAGUCUAAAAGCAAGACGACAUCGUUUUCGACACGCGCUAUGAACGGAGAAGCGCCACAAGGCAACGGAUGGAAGAAGAACGGCCUCUACAAGGGUUCAAGGAAAGUGAAGACGUAGUACUACACGUACGGUUUAGUGCAGCGUGUAUUUUGCAAGUAGGACUCGAGGGCCGAAGGAUGCCUGGUUCCUAAGGAAUUUCUACAAAUGGCUCAAGAUAGCAAAUGUAGCUAUGAUUAUAAAAUGUUACAUCAGAGGCGUGUUGAAGGAGUGAAAGGUUAUUGUCUUUUCUAUAUUAUAGGAUAACGUUAUUCUCUGAUCAACAUCUAUGACAUGCCCGAAAUGAUAUUAUACUCUUACUGCCUUACCCAUAAAAAAGAACAAGCGGUGAACGUAUAAGUAUUUGACAGCCAAGCAAAGUUCAUUCGAAUUAUUUGAUAAUUCGAUGCAAUUUUGCUCGACUGUCAAAUUCUUAAACACAUGUUUACCGCUGGAUAUUUUUAUGUUGGUAAGGCUGUUUGUUUAUAAUUCCCGCCUAUGCAAGGAGAAAACGAAUGAAUGUGUUACCAACAUAAUGUGGAUAUCCUAGACUUGUUGUAGUCUUAACGCCAAAUAAGUAGAUAUUGAAUCAGACUUUGAAAUUGCCUAAAUACGAAAUAGUAGAUAAAAUGCAAUACAUAAUUCUAUACGGAUCUCUUUCCCAGUAUCCAUAGACAAAUACCAUAGUUUCUCUUUAAUAGAGUUUAUGCCAUAGUUCUUUUUAGAAAAAUAACACAUUCCUGUAUAAUUAUUAAGAAGAUAGAGGCAUUAUAAUAAAAUUGUUUUGAAUAUGGUCAUUUAGGACACUAAAACACUGCUGCUGUCCUAUACGACCCUAUAUCACGGCAGUCCAAAAUCAUUUAUAUACUUUUUCAUAUGAGUGACAGUUAAAAUUAAUUUACAAAAACAUGGUACAAUUUAUACUGGCCUAUGAUAUGAGCUUUUUGAAAUGAUGUAAGGCCAUCAAGUUGAGUUGAACAUCUGUGUUUGAUUCAUACUAUAAUACGCGCAAACUUCAUUAAUAUUAAAAUAGACAUUUGUAUUUUUAAGCUUUUGACCAUGGUAUAAGAAAUCCAGGUAUGCUCAAAAGUGACAGCUAACAUUUCAAGGUUAACCCAGCUGACGUCAUCCCACCCUGCGUUGCCAUUUUGUAAAAAAUAAAUUACUCACGGCCAAUGUUUUUAUAUUUACUUUGCAAGGAAAUUUUGAACUUUUAGUAAAAGAUUUA